CAUUCAUCUACCAUCAACCGAAACCGCUCCGUGUGUAUAUAUCGAAGCAGAGAAUGCAACCGGAGCAGAACAUGUCAAGAAUGGCAAUCAACACCGUCCUGCUUCUGAUCGUGCUGCAUUCGCUGGUGGCAAUCGCGUCGGCUCAGCAGCAACCGGCAUUGGCGCGGCCAGGGUGCCGUGACCGGUGCGGCAACAUCACCGUCCCCUACCCCUUCGGCAUCGGUGCCGGCUGCUACCGCGACGACGGCCUGCAGGGCUUCCAGCUCGAGUGCGACGAAUCCGGCCCUUCCCCUCCUCGCCUCACCAUCUUCGGCUACAACCACCGCCUCGCCGCGCUGUCCCUGGCGUCCGGCGAGACCCGGGCCUACCUGAACGCGACGCGCGAGUGCUUCAACUCCUCGGGCGACUUCGUGGAGCGGAACAACAACACCUCCUACAUGUCCCUCGAAAGCAGCGCCUACAUCUUCUCCUCCACCAAGAAUCGCCUCGUCGCGCUCGGCUGCCCCAACCUCGGCUUCUUCGUGGACGCCGUCGGCUACUACGUCAGCGGCUGCAUGUCCGUGUGCCGGCCGUCGCAAUACGCCAUGCCGGGCCCGUGCACCGGCGUCGGGUGCUGCCAGAGCUCGAUCCCCUCCGGCAUCAGCUUCUACGAGCCGCACCAGCGAGAGUUCCCGCACAAUGACUCCACAUUCGGCACCAACGCCACGACCUGCCACUACGUGUUCCUCGUCGAGUCGGAGUGGUUCAGCUACAGCGACAGCGUCUUCCUCAACCGCACCGAUGACUUUGAGGUGCCCGUCGUGCUCGACUGGGCCGUCCGGAACGUGGGCAGCUGCGCCGCCGCGAGGCGAAACGCGACGGACUUCGCGUGCCGGAGCGCAGACAGCGAGUGCAUCGACUCCACCAACGGCGCUGGGUACCGGUGCAACUGCUCCAAAGGCUACGAAGGCAACCCCUACCUCGACGGGGGAUGCACAGACAUCGAUGAAUGCCAACUCAAGGACGAACACCCGUGCUACGGACUCUGCAUGAACAUGCCGGGGAGACAUGUAUGCAUAUGCCCUCCGGGCACUAGCGGAGACCCUACCACCAAGAAUGGCUGCCGGCCGAAGGACAAGUUCACCGUAGCUCUGAAAGCCCUUACAGGAAGCGGCGUGGGACUAAUCUUGUUAGGAUCCAUGCUCUGCUGUCUCAGCCUGUGGCUGCAGAAGAGUAAGCUCAUCAGAACAAAGCAGAGGUUCUUCGAGCACAAUGGAGGCGUCAUCCUGCAGCAGCAGAUGCGGUCCUACAGUAGAGCUGCCGGAGAUGCCACCGGCGGGUUCAAGAUAUUCUCCGCCGAAGAGCUCAAGAAGGCCACCAACAACUUCGCCGCCGACCAGAUCCUUGGCCGCGGUGGCCACGGCAUCGUCUACAGAGGUGUCCUCGCGGACAGUUCGGUGGUGGCCAUCAAGAAGUCCAAGAUGAUGGAGGAGGCCGAGACCAAGGAGUUCGCCAGGGAGAUGCUCAUCCUCUCCCAGAUCAACCACCGGAACGUCGUCAAGCUGCUCGGCUGCUGCCUGGAGGUGGAGGUGCCAAUGUUGGUGUACGAGUACGUCUCAAACGGCACCCUCUACCAGUACAUCCAUGGAGGCAAGGGCCUUAAUGCUGACACGGCCUUGGAUACCCGUCUUCGCAUCGCGGCAGAGUCCGCGGAGGCUCUGUCCUACAUGCACUCAUCUGCCUCGCCACCGAUCCUCCACGGUGACGUCAAGACGGCUAACAUCCUGCUCGAUCGAAGCCUCACCGCAAAAGUAACGGACUUUGGGGCGUCGAAGCUGGCUCCAAACGAUGAGGCCGAGAUCGCCACGCUAGUGCAGGGCACCUGCGGGUACCUAGACCCUGAAUACCUCAUGACUUGUCAGCUGACCGACAAGAGCGACGUGUACAGCUUUGGAGUCGUGCUGUUGGAGCUGUUGACUAGGAAGAAGGUUCUCUCCUUCGAGGGUCCGGAGCAGGAUAGGAGCCUUGUGUCACGCUUUGUGAUGGCCGUGAAGGCUGGCCAGCAUGACAAGCUUAUGGAUGACAAGGUGAGGAAGGAUAUGGGACCUGAGGCAUUGGAAGAGGUCACACACCUUGUGGUGAGGUGUGUCAGCAUGAACGGCGAGGAGCGGCCGGGGAUGAAGGAGGUUGCUGAGAGGCUGGAGGCUCUGAGGAGAUACCAGCGGCACCCACGGGGUCAGGCUGGAGGUGGUGAUUUGGGGGAGGAGGAAGAUCAGGAGUGGAGCUUGCUUGGCGGGAAGCAACAACGUGAUGUCGACUACAAGUUUAGGCCGCAUGAUGUGCUUGAUCUGGAGGAGGGCAGUACAUACACGUUUAGUUUGUAGGGUGAUUAGUGAUAUAUUGCACCACAACAUGAUGACGUAAAAGUGGUACCAAUGUUGUGUUGUCUGAGGUGCAUAAAUCUGUAACUAAAGCCUUUGCUCCAUCAGUUCUAUCACCUGGGCAAGCAUCCUCUAGUGCAUCUGCCCCCUCUUCUUCUUAUGCACAAUUCCUACAUACUUUGAUAAAGUCUGGCAGUGACAAGGCCUUCACCAUUCAGAAGCAGUAUAGAAAAGAGCUGGGGCCCAUCCUGGAAGCAGUUAAUGAAGAAGAAGCAUCUGAGGAACAGGUUGACUAUGAUUCCACUGAAUCUGAUAGUGCUGCAACGUCUAUGAGAUAUAUAAAUCCUGGUCAGGGAGUUAUGGCACUAGCUGCACCUACUCUUCAAUACAGAAUGGCUGUUGAUAGUCCUGUCAAUGAUUUACAAGUGGAUGUUGAUGGCACACAGGAAGAUCCUCUGUCCCAAGUGGACAAUCCCACUGUUGUGGAAUCUAACACUGACACUGGUGUCAAUAUUUCUCUACAUCAAGCAGGUGGUGGUCCUCAACCUAGCCGCAUGAGCUCCAGGAUUAUCUCACAAGAUUCACAUUCCAUCAAGAUUGCAGAGAAAGCUAUCAAAAUUGCUGCUACAAGAGAUGUGUCAGGUUUACACGGUGAGAAGGACGCUGAAGACCUGCGAUUGGGAGCUGAUGGACUUCUGAAGCUGGCUAAUACUCAAAAUGCCGAGGCUGGGGCUCAGAACAGGCCUCCCCCCGCGCAGAGGCCACUGAUGAUCAGGGGAGCAGGGAACGCUGACGUUGAUGAGGAUGAUAUGGAGGAGGACGAUCGUGUUGACAUCUCCUGAUGCGUUACAUCUUGGUGAAGAACUGCUGUAGGUUUCUGCUUUUGGCUGGUGGUAGCUGCGAUAACCUUAGUUUGGUGUUGUUUUCGAUGUGGUAUCUCUCUGUGUUGGGAGAAAAAACUGUUAGAUGUGUUGAGUUGUUGGCUUGCCCCAGGCAGCCUUUAUUUCCUUUGCGUUGUGGUGUUUGUGUUGGAACGUGCCUGAUGGGCAUGUGAUACUCGUUUGUUUCGUUAUCUGAUGAUAAUGAAAUCCGAUCCUAGGAUCGUUUGGAAAAACAUGAUGACGUAUAAAGUUCUUUUUAAGGCGUUAUUGAAAAGGGGAAAUUCAUGGUCGAAAAUGAAAGAAGAGGAAAUUCAAUAUGCCGCUUAUGUGUGUUAGUGGUUUGGCCAUUUUGUAUAGCAAGUUUGCCACACGGUAAAAUUGCUUUAUUAGCAAAGUGGGUUAUGAAAUUGGAGGCAAGGUCGCAAGGCUUAAGUUUCUAUGAGUUGAAGAACUAUUUAGGGGCAAGGGAUCUUCAACUCUACG